AAACAAAAUCAGUUUGUUUUCCUCAACAAACUUGAAUCAACUAACACAAUCGUGGACCGUUUACUGUAUCAACCUAUCCAUCUAACGGUUAAAAUCAAAAGCGUAUAUCACAUUACAAUGCACGUCGCCUCACAGAAUCAAAACCCCUUAUUCUCGUUUCAUGUUUACCUUUUACGGCGACGAGGCUCUCCGUGUGCGCGAAAGCUGAAACCUUCACGGGGGAAUACGAAUCAAUCUCACGAACCCAACUCUGAUUCCGAAACUCGAAACCCUUUCAACAAAGAUCAGAUUUUUAACGGCAAUGGAGUCGGAGCUAAAGGAUAUGAAUCCGAAUCCACCGUCGUCGAGCAAAGAGGACCUCCCCUUGCUCAAAUCGGAAUCCGACGUGUCCGCCGCCAUCGAAGAGCUCGACAAAAAGUUUGCGCCUUUCGCGAGGACGGACUCGUACGGGACAAUGGGUAUGGGUCCUUUUCCGACGGCGGAGAAGGUUAAGCUCGCGGUGGCGAUGGUGACGCUUGUUCCCGUGCGGUUUGUUCUGGCGAUGAGCAUCUUGCUUUUGUAUUACUUGGUGUGUAGGGUGUUUACGCUGUUCUCGUCUCCGUAUCGUGGAGGAGAGGAGGAGGAGGAGGAGGAGGAGGAAGGUGGAGGGGUUGUUCAGGAGGAUUAUGCUCAUAUGGGAGGGUGGAGAAGGGUUGUGAUCGUGCGGUGUGGGAGGUUUCUUUCAAGAGUUUUGCUUUUUGUUUUUGGGUUUUAUUGGAUUCCUGAGAGCUGUCCAGAUCGAGAUUCAGCAGCUGAUUCCAAUCCCAAAACAAGUUCUUCUGAGAUUGCUCAGAAUGGUGAAACUGAUAAGGAGGAACCUGAAAGGCCUGGUGUCAUUGUGUCUAAUCACGUGUCGUACCUGGACAUUUUGUAUCAUAUGUCUGCUUCUUUCCCAAGUUUUGUCGCCAAGAGAUCAGUGGGCAAACUUCCUCUGGUUGGCCUUAUCAGCAAAUGUCUUGGUUGCGUCUAUGUUCAGCGAGAAGCAAAAUCACCUGAUUUCAAGGGUGUCUCUGGCACAGUAAAUGAAAGAGUUAGAGAAGCUCAUAGGAACAAAUCUGCUCCAACUAUUAUGCUUUUUCCAGAAGGAACAACCACCAACGGAGACUACUUGCUUCAGUUCAAGACAGGUGCAUUUCUGGCUGGAACUCCUGUUCUUCCUGUUAUUUUAAAAUAUCCAUACGAGCGUUUCAGUGUGGCAUGGGAUACAAUCUCCGGGGCACGCCACAUUAUCUUCCUUCUCUGUCAAUUCGUAAACCAUUUGGAGGUGAUACGGUUACCUGUAUACUACCCUUCACAAGAAGAGAAAGAUAAUCCCAAACUCUAUGCUAGCAAUGUCCGGAGAUUAAUGGCCACCGAGGGUAACUUGAUUCUAUCGGAUUUGGGACUUGGAGACAAGAGGAUAUAUCACGCGACCCUCAAUGGUAAUCUCAGACAACUCCGUGUUUUCCAUCAGAAAGAAGAAUGAUUUUUUUUUUUUGACUGGUUUGACAGUGUCUGUAACGUAGUAGUCAUUUUACCAAGAAACUAAACCUCGAUUGUGAUUGAAUAAUGGAUCUGUGAUUUAUAAUAAACAAGCUCGAGUUUUCUCUCAUUGUCUUUGUUAACUACAGUA